UUUGGCGGUUGAGAAGGGAAUUUGUAAGUCGCUUCUCUUCUCUUCUCCGAGGCACAGUUGAAGUUGAAGUGUGCUCUCUUAGUCCGAGUCUCAGAACUACCAAAACCUUUUAAAAUGGCGAUAAGAGCAGCACCAAUGGCUAGUGGAAUCUUUCUAAGCUCCGACCCACCAUUCUUCCGACGGAUCAACAGUCGUCACUGCUUUCUCUCCCUCCACUCACCUCCUCGUCCUCACCACCGUAACCCCACCCGCUCCACUCCCAACACCGCCCUCUUCAUCCACCUAGAACCCGUUGGCCUUGGCCUUGGGCCCACCUCUCGCCGCCAUUCUCAGCUCUUAUCCACUGUCCCUAAAGCCGCCGAUUCAACUCAACCCUCUUCUGUCUCGUCCUCCGCCGAUAAAACCAUUAUUCCCGACGACCAAUUCUCCCUCGCCAAGGUUUCAUUUGGUGUAAUCGGUCUAAGUCUUGGAGUUUCACUCUUGGGGUAUGGUUUUGGAGCAUAUUUCAAUAUCCUUCCAGGGUCAGAAUGGUCUGCCAUCAUGCUCACAUAUGGGUUUCCUCUUGCAAUUAUUGGCAUGGCUCUCAAGUACGCAGAACUCAAACCAGUUCCAUGCCUGACUUAUUCAAAUGCUCUACAAUUGAGGGACACAUCAGCUACUCCAAUACUUAAACAGGUGAGGAAUGAUGUAAUCAGAUACCGCUAUGGGGAUGAGCAGCAUUUGGAGGAGGCAUUGAAACGGAUAUUCCAGUAUGGUCUGGGUGGAGGAAUUCCACGAAGAAGUGCUCCAACUCUGCAAAUGAUUCGUGAAGAAGUCUCGGAAGAUGGUAAAUACUGUUUAGUGCUAGUGUUUGAGGCAAAAGCUUUGCAGUUGUCAGAUUUUGAACGCAGACAGGCUAAAUUCACUUCAUUUUUCGGACCGGGGAUUACAGCUGAAAUCGCAAAGGGAGAGGGGGAUCUAUAUGAAGUACGGCUUAUCUCCAAUGCUAACACCAGCACAUCGCCUUCUUAACAUGUAUCAUUCGUUGUUUGUUUUCAUUCUCUAUACAAGCUUAAGUAACCUAUAGUUACUUGUAAAAUUUCCGAUUGAGUUGAAAAAAAAUCACAAUAAAUUUUAUAUAAAUAUUGAAGAGAUAACAACCCGCAAAAGUUCAAAAA